AUGCCGGUACCUGACUACAAAUUGACUCGCUACUUCAUUAUCGAUUCGGUGAUAUACUGGGAACAUAAUCUGCUCCGUAUCCGCAAUAAGCCUGGGUACUUUUUGUUUAACAAUCACGAAGUCACAAUACAAGAGAUUAUAAACCUAGCUUCGGGAUGGGAGACCGGAAUAAUUUUCCCUUCCUCCGGCUCCAGAUUUCCAAAGUCAGAGAUUCAAACUACGCUAUACAAGAUGUGUAAAACGAGCCACCCGGUAUAUCUCCCGUUCGGCGGCGGAGGAUUACACGGAUUUACCGCCGAGGAGUUACAGGAAUUUGUGGACUACAUCGAGUUGGAGUCGAGUCAACGCGAUGAUUACUCCUCUAAUAAAGAGAAAAAGGAAGAGAGAACGGACCUCGAGUUGUAUUCACGAGAGCCUGAGGAGAAAGAUGGAGAGGGAGAGGAGCCAAUUAUAGAUGAGCGUGAAGGCGAUGAGCUACUAAAGAGGAUUGCGGACAACCUUCAGGCAAAGCUAGAGGCUGUUAAGAGGUAUAAGAAAGUGCGUAGGGAGGUAGCGCUUAUGAGGGAAGGUCUGGCCAGGAAAGAGGAGGAGCUGAAGGAGUGUGAGAGGGUCAUUGAGCUAGAAUCGGGGCAAGUAUAG